UCAAAACAUUUGGUUUUAUUUAAAGAAGCAUUGAAAUAUCAGAAGAGGACAGCUGCAUGUAAAUGUUUUGAUUUAUUUUGGCUGUGUUUAGUUUAAUGGUUUUCCCGCAUUUUUCACAUAAUUUGUUCUUGUGUGGAGGUGUUUCUAUUGCUUGUGAACAGAAAUAGCAAGGUGUGUCCAAUAGCCAGCUACAAGACAUAUAUAAUCAGUGAAAACCAACCAGUUAGUUUCAGGAGAAGCAUUUAAACAUCAGAAGAGGACAGCUUGCUUGAUUAGCUGUAACAUGUCAUCCACAAAACACAAAAAUGCUAAGAGGAUAGAAGGUCUGGAUAAGAAUGUAUGGGUGAGCUUUACAUCAGUGGCAACAGACCCUACCAUUGUCAAUCUUGGACGGGGUUACCCAGAUAUUCCUCCUCCUUCAUACGUGAAAGAGGGACUUGCUCAAGCUGCAAUGGUAGACCGGCUGAACCAGUACACACGCAGCUUUGGCCACCCGACAUUGGUUAAUGCUCUGUCAAGAGUGUAUGGAAAAGUCUGUGAUCGUCAGCUUGACCCUUUUAAAGAAAUCUUGGUCACAGUAGGUGCAUAUGGAUCUUUGUUCAGCACUAUGCAGGCUCUAGUUGAGGAGGGAGAUGAGGUUGUUAUCAUAGAACCUUUUUUUGACUGCUAUAUACAUAUGGUGAAAAUGGCAGGGGCCAAACCUGUUUUAAUACCUUUGCGAUUGAAGUCGACAGCAACAACUGGUAUAAGUAGUGCUGACUGGGUUCUGGACCAGGAAGAACUUGCUAGCAAAUUCAAUCCCAAAACCAAAGCUAUCAUCAUCAACACUCCUAAUAACCCUAUUGGAAAAGUAUUCAGUGGGAGCGAGUUGAAAGCUAUUGCAGAUCUCUGCAUCAAACAUGACACUCUGUGCUUCAGUGAUGAGGUUUAUGAAUGGCUCAUUUAUAAAGGUCAUGAGCAUGUAAAGAUAGCAACUCUUCCUGGAAUGUGGGACAGAACCAUCACUAUCGGCAGUGCAGGGAAAACAUUCAGUAUGACUGGAUGGAAGUUGGGCUGGUCCAUCGGGCCUGAACACCUGAUCAAACACUUACAGACUGUCAUGCAGAACAGUUUACAUUCCUGUGCAACACCAUUACAGGAGGCUGUUGGCCGGGGACUUCUUCGGGACUAUGAGCGGAUGGGUCAGCCAGACUGCUACUUCUCGUCUCUGGCUUUAGAGCUGGAGGGUAAAAGAGACCGGAUGGCUGCCAUUUUUGCUCAGAAUGGCAUGACUCCAGUGGUUCCUGAAGGAGGAUACUUCAUGAUAGUAGAUGUCACAGCGCUCAAUCAGGAUCUGACACAUAUGGGAGAUGAUGAACCAUAUGACUACAAGUUUGUCAAGUGGAUGAUAACAGAGAAGAAAUUGGCUGCAAUUCCUGUAUCAGCUUUUGUGGGAAAAGAUUCUGUAAAGCAGUUUGAGAAAUACAUUCGCUUGUGUUUUAUCAAGCAAGAAAGCACUUUGGAUGCAGCAGAGGCCAUUCUGAAGAACUGGAACAAAGGCUAAUAAUGCUGUAAUAAAGUAUACAGACUGCUCAGAUUUGCAACAUUUUGUUUAAUCUAUGUAGUUGACCUAAGCGGUGGCUUGAGUGAGUUUAGAGUUUGUAUUUACAAUUUGUUGAACAAGUCAUUUUUACAGCUUGUGGGAUUGUGAAUUGUUCACUUUGAAAUUAUUUUUCUUUUAAGACUACUAGUUACAUUUAUUGAAUUUAACACUUGUAUAAAUAAAGUCUCCUAUGUGGGGAAACCAAUAUUUAGUACUAGCUUUACACAGCACAUGUACAGUUGGAGGAAAAAAAAAAAUGUGAAUGCUUUGGGAUUACUUGGAUUUCAGCCUAAAUUUCACAGAAAAUGUGUUCAGAUCUUCAUCUAAAUUACAACAAUAGAAAAACACGGCCUGCUUAAACUAAUACCUGAUAAAUAUGAUAUGUUUCAUGUUUUUUUUUUAUUUUUAUUGAACACGUUCAAAACAUUAAAAGUCCAGGAAAGAAAAUUAUGUGAACCUUUGGGUUUAAUAACUCUCUCUUUUGUCAGCAAUAACCGCAACUAAGAAUUCUUACCUGUAGUUGCAGAUCAGACCUGCACAAAACUGUUUCAGUUCAGCAAUAUUCUUAAGAUGUCUUUGUGUGAAUUGCUCUCUUGAGGCUAUGCCACAGCAUCUCAAUUUAAUUGAGGUCAGGACUUUGACUGGGCCACUCUGUAUUUACUUCUGUUGAAGCCCUUCUGUUGUUGAUUUACUUCUAUGCUAUAGGUUAUUGUCCUAUUGCAUCACCUCUCCUCCGUUAAAGCAAAUGUGUCGAAGCAUUGAUACGUUUCGAAACCCAUCUCUACAGUUAUGCAAAUUGAGGAAUUGUACCCCACGUUGAAUAAUUGAGCUAUAAAGUGAUUUAUUGAAGUGGUGGGAGUUACUGGCUAGCAUGCUGAGACAAUGAGUUUGAGUCCAGGGUGAUGCAGCUAAAGACCUUGAUUUUUAAAUACUCUGUUUUGUAAUGUUUUGUUUUAAAAUUUGUCUGACAUCAGAAUGAACACUCUGAGAAUAAAUAUGUCUUAUUUUGGUCAUUAAAAAUCUAUAUUAAUAAAAUACAUUGUCAU